ACACAGCUGAGCGGUGGCAACAAAUUCUCACAGUCCAAAUUUGGAAUUGCAAGAAUUCGUCUUGUCUGGCUAAAUUCUCUCCGAGUCAGUAAAUUAUAAUCAAGCUCAACGUUUCGCAAUGCUUUCUGCUCUGCAGAAAUCACUGGCAGGGUCUUCGCAAGCAAUAUGUCGCAGGCGAAUGGCGACAAUUGCGCCCACCCUGGUUCAAUCAAAGCUGAUUACUUCACAAAGCAAACCUACAACUCGCAACCGUGAGUUUAUUGAUGGCAGAGAGAAGCACGCUCAUUUAAAAACAGCUGCUGAUCCAAUUAAACCGGUGUAUUUGACAUUGUCGAGUUUUACUGCCAAGUCAAACAGUGCCAAGAAAGCUGUUGCUCUGGACCCAACGGUGUUCGACCAUCCUAUCCGGCGAGAUAUUCUGCAUCUUUGCGUCGUACACUACCUGGAUUCUCUUCGCCAAGGAACUGCUUCUACUAAGACACGCGCUGAGGUUGCCGGUUCGCGUCGCAAAAUUCGUCCACAGAAGGGAAGCGGCAGAGCUCGCCUGGGAGACCGGCAGAGCCCGAUGUUGAGGGGUGGAGGUGUCGCUUUUGGCCCCAAGCCGCGAGAUUUCAGCACGAAGCUUAAUCGCAAAGUUAUUCAAAUGGGCAUGCGCGUGGCUUUGACGAUGAAGCUCCGGGAACAACGACUGGGUGUCUUGCAGCGGAUUAACUGGUGGUCACACAAGACUGCUACCCUCAGCUCGAGGUUAGUCGGACUCGGAUGGAGAACCGGUACCUUGUUUGUCACCGGAGAAUCCGAGGUACCGGCAAGAAUGAGGUUGGCAUCGAGGAACCUUCGUGGGAUAGAGUGCAGAAGUGUAGCAGACUUGGUGGUCUACGACAUCGUGAAGUGGAGAAGGGUUGUACUUGACCUCGCCGCUGUCGACGCACUGGAGCGAGCUCUCGGAAAGGGCUUGUUGAGAAUUUCGGAUUCGGAGAGGGUGGUUUCUGAUGUUACGCACUCAUCUGUGGAUGAUAUUGAGACAUCCACUUAGACUCAUAAUAUAUUUUAUUCUGGGCAUAUCAAGUUGACAUAUAUCGAUAUUGUCCAGUCGCGAGUCAUUGUACUUGCAAACGC